UGAGCUGAGCUGAGGUAGCCCGAGCUCGGCCGGUCGCCGCCGUACCGUACCAGUUGCAGCUCGCUAGGAUCCAGCGCAUGUUUCCAUUGUCCCACUUCCAUAUAUAUAUAAAUAACACUACUGUGGCUAGUCGUCGUCUUCCCCGGACGACCCCCGGCCGGCCGGAGAGCGCGCCGCCGUGCUUUCUUCCUGCGGUGGUGGCGCGCGUAUACAUCGUCGACUCUUGACGAGCUGAGGGCGUACACACAGCUAGCAUACAUACACACAAAGCCCAGCAGCAGGUAGUCUAGCCAAUCAAACAAGCGUCGUUUCGUACCGGGAGGCCGGCCGGCCGCGCGCGGAGAAGAUGCUGUCCUGCAUCGCGUGCGUCAAUAAGGAAGAAGACGGCGGCCGGGACCGCGAGGAGCAUGGCGGCGACACCCCGAGCUGCAGAGACCCCGUGAAGUCACUCACCUCCCAGCUCAAGGACAUGGUGCUGAAGCUGUCGGGCACCCACCACCGCCAGCACGGCGCGCAGCACAGGCGCGGCGGGUCGCCGCCGCCGCCACGGGGCCGGGCCACCUCCCUGUACCGCAGCGGCUACUACCGCCCCGGCGUCGUGCAGGACGACAUGGCCGUGCCCCCGGCCACGUACCUGGGAGGUGGAGGCGCCGGCGCGUCGAGCGCGAGCUCCACCCCGGCGUGGGACCUGCCCGCCGCCGCCCGCGCGGACGGCGAGGCCUGCAGGGAGUGGGUGGCGCAGGUGGAGCCCGGCGUGCAGAUCACCUUCGUGUCACUCCCCGGCGGCGCCGGCAACGACCUCAAGCGCAUCCGGUUCAGCCGCGAGAUGUACGACAAGUGGCAGGCGCAGAAGUGGUGGGGCGACAACAACGAGCGCAUCAUGGAGCUCUACAACGUCCGCCGCUUCAGCCGCCAGGUGCUCCCCACGCCGCCGCGCUCCGACGACGCCGAGAGGGAGUCGUUCUACUCGCAGUCUCAGGUAGGGAGCCCCUCGGCCACCCCGUCGCCGGCGCCGCUCACGCCGGAGAGGAUCAGCUGGGGCGCGUUCGCGCGGCAGGUGGCAGCGCCGCCAGCAUCAUCAGGUGCCACCGGCGCCGCGCGGCAGCACAGCUUCCGGCCGAUGUCGCCGCCGCCGCCGUCGUCCUCCAACCCUUCGGAGCGGGCCUGGCAGCAGCAGCAGCAGCGACACAUCGGUGGUGGUGGUGGCGGUGGAGCGGCCGGCGGCAAGAGCCCCGCCGCCUCCGAGGCCGCCGCCGCCGCCACGGAAGCGGCGCGGACCACCACGUCGUCCAGGGACGACGUGUCCGUCAGCAACGCCAGCGAGCUGGAGGUGUCGGAGUGGAUCAUCCAGGACCAGCCCGGCGUCUACAUCACCGUCAGGGAGCUCGCCGACGGCAGCCGGGAGCUGCGCCGCGUCAGGUUCAGCCGCGAGAGGUUCGCGGAGCUCAAUGCCAAGCUGUGGUGGGAGGAGAACAAGGAGAGGAUACAGGCUCAGUACCUUUGAAAACUGAGCUGGAAUGAGGCUGAAUCUUACUAGUUCAGUUGAGCAGAAGCUGGUGAUAAUUAUGGUGUUGUGCAAGGGGCUGACAUAUAAUUAAUCUGGUAUAAGUAUACGGGGAGAGUUUAUGUUUCGAGUUAAUUUGGAGAUGGGGGGGGGGGGGGGAGGAGAUAGGAGGGGGUUCAUUUGGAGCUGGGAAAGAUAGGAGGGGAUGAGAUAGGGGUUCAUGCAUGUUUAGGGCACCUGACCUGGCUGCCCAGGUAACUUGUGAUUGGUGUACCGUACUAAAGUUUUUACCAAUCCACCACUAUUGCGUCUAAUGUUCAGCUUCACUUUCUAGCAUGAGUGUCAACACAUGUUCUGAUCUUGUAUAUGUCACUCAGGGUAAGAAAAAAAGCAUGAUGAGUGUUUAUGUUUCUGCACU